AUGGUGUCUUUAUCCUUUUUAUAUAUCGAUUUGCAUUAUAAGGGUGAAUUACAAAAAGUGAUAUUUGGUAAUAAAUAUCGAUACAAAACAACCCACUUCUCACAUACUGCAGUAAACAAGUUUAAUGUGAUGCCUGGUUCUCUACCUGAUUGGAUUUUUGAUUUCAUGCCUCAUCAUAGUGGUUACUUCAUUGGCAAUGUAAGUCCUGCUAGGAUGGAUUUUCGCUGGUUUUGCCUUGGUAAUUGCAUUGCAAUUUUGUCAUGUUUGGCUACUACCGAGCAAUCAAAUGCAAUCAUGGACCUUAUAGAAUCGCGUUGGGAUGUAUUAAUUGGCGAGAUGCCUGCUAAAAUAUGUUAUCCAGCACUUGAAAAUCAUGAGUGGAGAAUCAUAACAGGAUGUGACCCCAAAAAUACUAGAUGGAGUUAUCAUAAUGGAGGAUCUUGGCCAGUUCUUUUAUGGCUUCUUACUGCGGGUUCGAACAAGACAGGAAGGCCUCAUAUUGCGAAACGUGCACUUGACAUUGCUGAGACCAGAUUGCUGAAGGACAAUUGGCCUGAAUAUUAUGAUGGAAAACAUGGUAGAUUCAUCGGGAAGCAAGCCCGGAAACUCCAAACUUGGUCUGUUGCUGGUUACUUAGUUUCUAGGAAGAUGUUCGAUGAUCCAUCACAUAUGCGUAUGGUGACCUUUGAGGAAGAUAAACACCUAAGCCGUCAGCACAGAAGAUCAAAAUCCUGGGGAUAA